AUGCUGAAGAGGCCAAGAAGAAGGAGGCCGACCCAAGAUCUCCAAGAAGGAGGAGAAGGCCAAGAAGAAGCCGAAGCCAAGGCUAAAGAAGCCGAAGCCGAAGCGUGGGAAGCCAAGGCAAAGGCUGAUGCUAAGAGGCCAGAAAAGGAGGCCGACUCCAAGAUCUCCAAGAAGGAGGAGAAGGCCAAGCAAGAAGCCGAAGCCAAGGCCAAGCAAGAAGCCGAAGCCAAGGCCAAGCAGGAAGCCGAAGCCAAGGCAAAGGCUGAUGCCGAAGAGGCCAAGAAGAAGGAGGCCGACUCCAAGAUCUCCAAGAAGGAGGAGAAGGCCAAGCAAGAAGCCGAAGCCAAGGCCAAGCAAAAGAAGGAAGCCGAAGCCAAGGCAAAGGCUGAUGCUGAAGAGGCCAAGAAGAAGGAGGCCGACUCCAAGAUCUCCAAGAAGGAGGAGAAGGCCAAGCGCAAGCAAGAAGCCGAAGCCAAGGCCAAGCAGAGAAGCCGAAGCCAAGGCAAAGGC